CAGAGUCUCGAGCUCUGGUAGUGCUCCCUAUCGAGACAUGGCCACCACUCAACUCGCUGAACACCUCACUGCAGCCCGCAAGGCGCCAUCCCCCAACGUGAAAACUGCUCUGCGCCUCUGCGACGCUUGGAUUUCAUAUUCUGAUGAAACCCUGAAGACCGCCAUGGAUGAGUGCGUUGCGGACAGCUUUGUCUGGAACGCACUUCCAGAAUCACUCAGCACGCCAGGAUGGAAUCAGUUGAAUAAGGCGGCGUUCAUCGAAGCAUUCCGGACUGCUUGGUGGGCCGCGAUUAAGGGAAUGCAGCUUAUCGUCACAGACUUGGUGGAAAGCGAAAAUAACGUGAUUCUCUACACCAAGUUCGGGCCCGGCGUCGUCUCGGUAGAAGGGAAGCCGGUCGCUACUUCGCACGUGCACGGGUUUCGUUUCAACGCCGAUGGAAAAGUCGUGGAGCAGAAUGACUUCUUGGACACCAAGUGGAUGACGGAUUUCUGGGGGUCAGAACCCCAGAAAACCAUAGUAGCAACCGGUGGAAACUCUGUCGCAGCCGGAGGAAAUCGUUAGCCGGAACUGGGCUUCAUUUCGGAAUCAACAAAUAACAGUCGACGUUCGGAAUCCAAUGUAUGAUGCUUUGCCAACUUGCCGAAUGACAAUGUAACAGUGAC